AUGUGCAUCCAACUGUGCAAGGCAACCGGAAAUAUACCUGGGAAUAUACCAGAGGUAAUUGUACAUACCUGUAGAUGAAUUACAAUAGGAGGCAUUUUCCCAGUCCCAGCUAUUACCAUUGUUUUCGCUUAUUUUAUUGGGCAAGAUUGGGCAAGCUGUUAACUUGAAAUGAGCGAUAGGAUAGACUAGAAUAGACUAGAAACCUGACUAUCGAGUGACAUUCGGAUGACUUCUGUAGAACUGGUAGAACGCGGAUACUUACAGAGUGACGCAUAGCAAGCAAAAUCAACUAACAAGGCUGCGGGAGCUUCUCCAAGGACUCAGACGUUUUCUUGUACUGUCGUAUUAUCAAAAGAGCACCCCUUCUUGGCAUACCUUUCUUAUUUGAGUUCCGUCUUUGUCUUCGUGCCAGAUGUUUCCUGCAUUACCAACAGGUUUUGAAAUUCAGACGAGGGACACACGUUCCCCCUUAAGAGUGCCUCAUUAUUGAUUUACAUAAAAUAAGUUACUUGAGAGCUACAUUUGAUCCUACGAUGCCAUUAAUUAACAGUGAAUCAUGUAUCCUUCUCCGUUAAUUACCACACCUAGCUUUACCAUCUCUCUGAAUUUUCAUAGCUCAAAACCUCAAAAAGCAUGCUAUUAGACCGAUCACUUACGGAGUGUAGUUUAAUCUCUCGCAGGACAUGAAAUCACUCAAAGACUACUUCCAAGAAUGUCUAGAGAAAUCGGCAGAGAACAAUCCUGUCAUUCUUGUUUUGGAUUCUUUGGAUCAGCUGUCUAUCGACGAUGGUGGACGCCAAAUCGAUUGGUAUCCAAGGCACUUACCAUACAAUGUGUACACUAUCCUUUCAACACUACCCGGACAGGAAUAUCAAGCACUACCUAGCUUGAGAGUAAGAUUAACAAAAGGCUUCUAAUGCCCCGUUUUGACUAUCACAACAUCGUCUCAACAUUCUCACCACUUUUAUGCAUAAAUAUUUCCGUUUCCAUAGUCUGCGCAUGAGGUGAGAAUGCUGUAACGAUCACGAGGCUCAUUCGUUUUAGAGAAGUGCUUUGUUUAGUGUUAUUGUGCUGAAAUGUUCAACAAAUGAGUAUAGUACUGUGUUAAACAGAUUUCUCGUCAUUAUAAUAGAAAGCAUUUCACAGCCAGUUAGGAGAGUACUACUUUAACUUGGUUUUUGUUUGUUUGUAUCUUUUUUAUUUAGAUUUUUCAGGGAACGUACCCUGAUAUUACCGGUGCUUGUCCAUACUUAUGAUUAUAAUAUUGCUUGAAAUAUUUUCUGAUCAGUUUGUCUUAUUUUUCUUACUUUAGACUAUCCUGGCAAGUGAAUGUUUUCUUGAAGUACCCAGAAUCCCUCUAAACGAGGUAGAUGUCAUCUUUGAUAACUGGCUUAAGGCAGCAGGUCGUACCGUACUUCCAAAACAGAAAAGCUAUGUUAUGGGUGCCUUCCAGAAAUGCCCUCUUCCUCUCUACCUUAAACUUGCAUUUGAUGAGGCCUUACGCUGGAAGUCAUACACUCCCGAGUCUGAUAUUUGUCUUGAGCAAAAUGUGAGAGAGAUAAUCGAUGACAUGUUCCAACGAUUAGAGAGACGGCAUGGCAAAAUUCUUGUCAGUCACGCCUUGGCUUACAUUACCGCCUCCAAGAAUGGUGUGACGGAGCCCGAGCUGGAAGAUCUUCUUUCUUUGGAUGAUGAAGUCUUGAAUGACGUCUGUCAGUAUUGGACGCCGCCAGUCAGAAGACUUCCGCCGUUGUUGUGGAUCCGUAUUAGGUCAGACAUUGGAGACUAUCUUACAGAGAGAGGUGCAGAUGGCACUCAAGUAGUCUUCUGGUACCAUCGUCAGUUUAUAGAGGCCGCUCGAGAAAGAUAUUUGACAGCUAAGCAAGCUAAAAAGAUUCACUCUUACAUGAGCGAAUAUUUUCUUGGCAAGUGGUCCGGUGGUGUGAAGAAGCCAUUUGAGAAUAAAGAGGGCGAAAAGAAGUCUAUGGACAGAUUGGUUGCUAAGCAGCCUUUGAUGUUCGACUCCCCGGAAGGAAAACAAAUAUUCAAUCUUCGCAAAUUGAGUGAAUUACCAUUCCACCUGUUGCACUCUGAAAACUUAGACGAAAUGAAGGAAGAAUGCCUUUGCAACUUCAAGUUUCUUUUGGCAAAGAUUCGAGGCACUUCCGUACCACAACUUAUGAGCGAUUUUUCCUUGUAUCUAGAAGUAAGGCAUGACGAUGAUGACGUUCAACUCCUGUACGAAUGUUUACAACUCUCAGCCAAUUCACUUUCCAAUGACAGAGGGCAACUUCCAACUCAGAUGAUUGGUCGUAUGUACAACUUUCUCCAGAGACAGGAGCAGUAUCCUCAUGUCUACAAGGUUUUAAAGGAGGCAUUAAAUGCGUCCACAGAUUGUUUCCUUCCAAACGGAAAGUGUUUGACGGCGCCAGGCGGAACCCUUCGUUUUGCAAUUGGUCUGACGCACUUCAGCAUGGACGUCAUCAGCAUGGGUAACGAUAACCGCACUAUAGCAGUCACCAGUCAGACCUCAGAGGGAUUGCUGAUCAAAAUCAUUGAUUAUCGCGGCGGAAAAGAACUUAGAAAAUUCACCAUCAGAGAACCAAAGGAUAUAAACGAAACAAUUUUCAAUCAACUUAGCCAAAAGGAUCCCGAUUUACUUAUCCUUGCUGGAUCGAGUAAAGUGUUCUUUUUGAACACUUUGACUUGGCAGAUAGUCCAAGAAUUCGAGGUUACAGAUGAUCAUUGGUUUUCUUAUUAUCACCAGGCUCCAGUAAGUUUUGCAGAUGACGAAAACUUGCUCGUUGCCAUAUGCCCAGACGCUUUAAAGAUUUGGGAUGUAAAAAGUGGAAAGAUGCUUCAUCGUUUACCUCUCACCGAUGUAAACAUUGUUGAUAAACUUGGCAGCCUGGACGCACGUGGUAACUAUGCUGUUUACAACAUUCGAGGAAAGAGCACAGUUCAUUUCGUCAAUGUAAAGAUUGGCAAAGAGGUAGACAAUAUCACCCUCAACUACCCAAAGACAAAUCAAGGGGAAGCCGUUUUUAUCAAGGAAGUCAAAAUAACAUCCCAAGACCAAGUGGCUGUGAUUCCAUCCUCCCUUGAUAACCUGCGUUUGUACGAUCUUUCCGGGAUUCUCAUUCGUGAGCUGCCUAAUUUCAAAAUGGAACAAGGUCUUCAUCGAUUGCAAAUCACUGACGACGGUAAGAGGGUAGUCACUGCCGAUAUGUACGAAAUCAUCUGUUUUUAA